UUUUUUUAGACCAGCGUGCAGGAGGUGCGCAAGAAAAUAAGCUGCGGCUCAACUUUUGCCGACUCACUCCCAGACUUCGGCCCUUACUGCAGGGACCAUUGGUCCUUCUUCGCAGCCGUCCUCACGGCAGAGUCGCAUUGCAAGCUGCCAGGAUGGAAACCACCAUGGAAAAUCCGAUUAGGGGCGUUUCUCGCCCGCAAGCGAACCUAGCACUUGCUAAUUAUGGACGCGCCGAGCACGGAAGAUGCCACCAGAGACCAGAGAGUUACAUUUUCUACGUGUCAAUCGUCCAGCUAAACCUCAGCCGGCCAUCUACGUAGCAACAACAAAUCCAUCCCCGUAUAUAUAAUGGCCAGGGCACGACCGCAUCCACAGCGUCCAGCCAGCCAGAGCCAGCCAGGCAUCCCAAGAUGAAGUCCCUCCCAGCCACCCUCGCCAUCCUCGCCCUCAGGGCCCUCGCAGAAACGACGUGCACGGCGCCCACCGGCCAAACCGGCCUCUGCAUCCCGGCGUCAACCUGCACAGACACCGGCGGCGCAUCCGGGCCGGGCACCUGCCCUGACGACGGUGACCAGUGCUGCACCUACGGCUCCUGCACCAUCCCCGGUCCAGGCCUGACGGGCCUCUGCCAGCCAAACAGCACCUGCGCCACCUGCGCCGGGGGCACCUCGACCGGGGGUUACUGCGCCGGCGGCGCGACGAUCCAGUGCUGCACGUUCGGGGCCUGCGUGGGCGCCGGGGGCGCGCCGGGCCAGUGCGUGCUGGACUCGACGUGCGGCGGUGGCGUGUUGUCGACGGAAGCGGGGGGAGGGUGUCCGGGGCCGGAGAACGUGCGGUGCUGCACUUACGGGGCAUGCUCGAGUAGUGGCUCCGGGAACGGGAGCGGGAACGGGUCGUCGGCUGGGUUCUGCCAGACGAGGAGUAGCUGCUCCGGAACGUCGGAGGCCGGCCUGUGUCCUGGCCCGGCUGACGUGCAGUGCUGCACGCCCGGGACGGGGUGCGAGGGCGGGGCGUCGCUUGUGAACCAGGCUACGCUGGAGCUGGUGCAGUCGUUUGAGGGGUGGUUCCCGGAUAUCUACGACGACCCUGACGGCAACCCGACGGUCGGCUGGGGCCAUCUGUGCGCAGAUGCCAAUUGCUCCGAUGUCCCGUACCCGAUACCGCUGUCCGAGCAAGACGGCACGGCGCUGCUGCAAUCCGACCUGAAGAUCGCCCAGCGCUGCAUAACCGACGACAUCGACUCCUCGGUGGUGCUGAACCCGAACCAGUACGGCGCCCUGGUCAGCUGGGCCUUCAACGUGGGGUGCGGGAACUCGGGGACGUCGACGCUGGUCGAGCUGCUGAACCAAGGCGGGGACCCGGACGAGGUGGCGCGGCAGGAGCUGCCGCAGUGGAACCGGGGCGCGGACGACGUGCUGCCAGGCCUCGUGAGGCGGAGAGCCGCCGAGGUCGGGCUCUUCACCACCCCGGCUGACGGCGUGGCACACCCGCCGCCGUGCUGAGUGGGUGAGUGAGUUGAUUGAGUGAGUGUGGUGGUUGGAACUCGAGCUCAGAACUAUUCUGUGCGCGGGAGCAAAAGCGAGAAAUAUCGCUGCGGAGUAGAUAUAUCAGUGGAAUUUGUAUCUAGGCAACACGUAUCUGGGUUUUCCAUGACACUCGUGUAUGCCAUGGUUAAACUACGCUGGACAAAAAAAAGCAAAGUCCAACCCG